UCCAAACGGACAUGGAAACGAAUGGAAAAAUUGGACGAGCGGUAGUGAUGAAGUUGACGAAUUUAUUCAUGAGAUACAACGCAAUGCAAAUGAAAGCAGAGAAUUUAUUGAGUGGAUCCCUUAUGAUAAAUUCAAGAAUGUAGAAUACGUUGCUAGAGGUGGUUUUGGUUCGGUUUCCAAGGCCGUUUGGACUGAAGGAUAUGUUAAAUGGUGGGAUUGUAAAAGAAAAAUAUGGAAGAGAAGCGGAGAAGAUUCAUGGGAUGGAUACGAAGUGGCUUGUCUAAAAAGCCUUGAUCAUUUUUCGAAGGAAUUUUUUCAAGAGAUCAAGAAUCAACUUAAGUUCAGAAAAAGCAAUAAUGCAAUUGCGGUCUAUGGUAUCACUAAAAAUCCUGAGGGAGGUGACUUUGUGAUGGUUAUGCAGUAUGCAGAAAAAGGAAGUCUCAGAUCAAUGUUAAACGAAAACUACAAUAAGUUAAAUUGGAAAAAAAAGUUAGAUAUCUUGCGAUUUAUUGCUAGUGGUCUUUCUGAAAUCCACAAAGAAGGUCUGGUUCAUAAAGAUUUUCAUUCGGGUAACAUAAUGAUGGCCGACGAAAGUGCUUCGUAUAUCACAGAUUUUGGCUUAUGCAAACCAAUAAUUUCAAAUCCGACUAGAGAUAAUAAGAUUUUUGGUGUGCUUCCGUAUGUUGCUCCAGAAGUACUAAGAGGGAAAGACUACACUUCGGAAUCAGAUGUAUAUUCCUUUGGGGUCAUCAUGACCGAAGUGUUUACCGGGUAUCCGCCUUAUCAUGACGUUUCCAACGAUGUACACCUUAUGCUUUCUAUUUGUAACGGUCUUCGCCCAAGAAUCAGACGCCCGGUUCCCAGACUUCUUUUGGAUUUGAUACACCGAUGUUUGGAUGAAAAACUCGAGAAUCGCCCAUCCUCGAGUGAAUUGACGAGAACCCUAAAACGUUACUAUGUUGAUGUAAAUCUCGAAAAUGAGGAAUCGGAGAUAUAUAGACAAGUUAUAUCUAUUGAGGAAGAUAUUGCGCGUUCACAACAAGAUUAUUCGAUCGAUUUCUCACAACUUAAUUCUGAUACCCACUCUACAGCUGUAUAUACAAGUCGUCUUUUGCCUAGACCUGAUUUAUUUAGUGCAG